GAAGAACAAGACAAAGAUCCCCAACUUACCGAUCAACAUGUUCAAGGCGUGGUUCGCAAUACGGUUGUAGCUGCAUUCGUUACUACUAAAGCGACCCUGUGUGGAUUUUUCUUAAUGAUGAUGUAUUACCCAGAAGUACAAAAGAAAAUUCAACUAGAACUGGAUGAAAAGAUUGGAAGAGAUAGACAUCCUAGUUUAGAUGAUCGUCCAGAGUUACAUUAUACUAAUGCUGUAAUUCUAGAGGUCCUUCGAUACAUCCGACACACACCGCUAGCCAUUCCUCAUAUGACAACUAAGGACUUGGAAGUAGAGGGAUACAGAAUCCCUUCUCACUCUACGGUCAUCAUGAAUAUAUGGGUAAUGAACCGAGAUGAGUCAAUUUGGACAGAUCCCUACUCUUUUAAACCAGAAAGAUUUUUAGAUGAAGAGGGUAAAUUUGUUCCCAUUGAUCAUCGGCUUAGACAACAGUUUAUGGUCUUCGGCAUUGGAAGACGAAAUUGUGUGGGUGAAUCUUUUGCUAAGUCACGUGUGUUUUUAUAUGUGACGUCAUUGCUGCAGAAAUUUAAUUUCAAACCUGGUGAUAAUGAACUAUCCCCUGAAAAUUCUGAAUUAUGGCUGAAAAAAUCUGCCCUCUGUCCUGAAUUCUUAGAUUGUGUUGUUGAGAAUCGCAAAUGA